CGACUCUUCUCUUUCCGCAGACUCUAACACAGUAUACGGAAAGACGGACGGACAGAAAAUACACCAUUUUGGCAAGGGACGUAGAAAUAGACUAAGAAGUAGCAUAAUAACUAAUAUUGUUUUAUUAACUAUAAGUUAAAUCCACUUUUCUCAAUUCACCCAACCAUCUACAUACCAAAUUUCAUCUAAAUCGGCUUAGCAAGCACAAGCGUAAAGAGGUAACCGACAGACACAGUUAGUUACACAUUUAUAAUUAGUACUAAUUAAAGAUAAAAACAAGCUGCGCCGAUUAGGCUCUGAUAAUUAACUCAUAAUUAAUAUUUGAUAAAAACAACGCUAUAAAAAGACUGCGUUGAUAUUACAAUAAUUUUAAACAUAUUUACACCAUGGCUUCCCUCGGUAUUUUCCUUUUGUUAAUUUGUGUUAAAUACAAUGUUGGAUAUAGUUUUAUGGAUGACUCCGAAAGUCUGGUCUGGCCACCAGAGUACCACAUCAAGGCUGAGAAGAUUAACCUAGAUGCCGGAAUUGUGGAGACUAUGGAGAUGUGGUCCAGUGCCGCCAUCAAUCGCUCCCGUGUCGACUUCUACGGCGGACUAGUCAAGAAGUAUUACCACUGGGAGACCGAAGAGGAAAAUGGCUACGUCUACAGCCUUAUGCCUCAAUCUACAGAAGAAUACCAAAACAAGAUCACGUGUGGCAUGCAAAUUAUAGAAGACGAGGAAGAUAUCGAAUCAAGUCUGCCCAAAAUAGAAUACUUUAAACGUAUAGGCAAUGACGAAUUGGAGGGGAGAAAAGUGGCGGUAUGGAAGUAUGGAAGGGUUUUCCAGGAAAAAAGAUGGCAGGAGAGAAUUCUGUACACGUACCAGAGUGAUGACUAUGAUAUACCAGUCAGAUUCGAAGCGAAGAACUUCUUAAUGCGAAACGGCGCAAUGACAGCUCACAUCAUCACCAACUACUACACCUACGAGCCGACUGUGAACGACGAGGACUUAGAUGAAGGAGAUACAGAUGACUGCGAAUACAUGGGGAAGCUAGGUGAAGAUUUCCACAAGGAUAUUAAGCAUCUUCACCCAGCAAAGGAGACUGAUGUAAAUAUUGCUUUUCAUAGUUACACAAAACAUCACGGGAAAAAAUACAAUAGCGAGACUGAACAUGAAAUGAGGAAAGCCAUUUUUCAUGAAAAUUGGGAAAUGAUAGAGCAUCACAACCGCCAGAACUUCGGGUACCAGCUAUCCCUGAACCAAUUCGCCGACCGCACCUCGGAUGAAAUGGAGAUGUUCACAGGCCUCCUUCCUAAUCCCCCAGAACUGGAGGCCACACAUCCCUUCCACACUGAUGAAGAAGUCAGGAGGUUUGCUGAGGAGUUACCGGAAAAUUUUGAUUUGAGAAUGGAGGGAGUUAUUUCGCCAGUAAAAAAUCAGGCGCAUUGCGGCUCAUGUUGGGCUUUCGCGUCAACGGCGGCAGUAGAGGGCGCUGUAGCUCGCAGCAAUGGCGGUCGAAUCGUCGAUCUCAGUGAGCAAUCUCUAGUGGACUGUGCUUGGGGAGUGGGUUGCAUGGGCUGCGACGGCGGCUGGAUGGCAAGCGCCUUUAAAUACAUCGUGAAGCAUGGCCUCCCUGUGGAGCAGGAGUACGGCUCCUAUCUAGAACAGGACGGUUUAUGCCACACGAAGAACAUGACAUCCACAUACACCAUCAAAGGUUUCGCGAAGCCGACUCCCCACAACCCCCAGGCUCUGAAGGUGGCCCUCUACAAGUAUGGGCCAGUGGCUGUCUCCAUCAACUUCAACAAGAAGAUGCGGUAUUAUGGCAGCGGCAUCUUCUACGACCCUGACUGUAACAAAGGACACACGAACCACGGCGUCGUGGUAGUCGGCUAUGGAGUUCGUGACGGCACCGACUUCUGGAUUAUAAAGAACUCCCACGGCGCUACUUGGGGCCAGGCGGGAUAUAUUCUCAUCUCGGCGAAGGAUAAUAACUGCUUCGUUCUAUCUAGACCCGUUUACCCUAUUGUGUAACCCAAGCCUUUUGACUCUACCCUAUUUCUAUUGUGUAACCCUACCCUACCGAUGUCCCGGAUUUAGGUACUGUUUCGAAUAAUUGCUUCGAUUCGAUCUAAACAAACUAGUUUACCCUACUUUAUAGUCCGAUAGCCGAGUCCCAUCUCGGUGGCGGACAAUAAUAAAAUUUCUUCCUAUUCAGCCUAUUCACCCUAUUGUGUAACCCUAUCUUACCCUAAACCAAGGGGUUACAUACUCAUCUCGACGACAGACAAUAAUUGCUUCGUUCCAUCGAAACCAGUUCACCCUAUAGUGUAACCCUACCCUACCUUAUCUGAUGCCCCCGCAAGUAACCCUACCCUCCUAGCUGGUAGUGGUUGGUGUUUUCGGUGGUAAACAAAGAUGGAUUCGAUCCAUCUAGUUAUUAGUGUAACCUUACCCUGCCUUGUAAUUGUAACAAAUAUUCCGAGAGAAAGACAAAUUAAAUUAAUGAAUAUGGAAUACGAGUCACUCACGUUUUUCAGUCGAAAAUUGCUUGACAGGUAACUACAUAAGCGAGCUUCAUCUAAAGCCACACGCAUUGCUUGAUCGAAGCAGAGAAACGAAGCUAGAGGUAUUGAGCAAUUUUGACUUGAAUACCUAAAUUAAAAUUAAUGUGAGUGUUUUAAUAUACCUACUUAUUAUAUAUAUUUGAGUCUUACGGAAGUUUUGUCACAGCACAAAGAUAGGGUAGGGUUACACUAUAAUAUAUGGUAGAUGUUAUCCUUAUAUAUUUAAAAUGUCCAAGAUCAUGGCGUUUUAUAAUGUAGUAUAAUAUAAUAAGCUAGUAAUUAAGUGGUAGUUGAGUAUGUAUAAAACAUAUAUUAUUUUAUUUAACUCAUAUGGAUAUGUGCAAGAGGCUUUUGGGUACAAUUGUGUAAAGUUCAAAAAUUCUUCUACAUUUAUUACGUAAGAAUAGUUAAUUUAAAAUUAUAUAUGUUCAUAUUAUUUAGAUAAUAAAUGCAUUCCACGUGUAAUUGUAGCUUUUAUUAAAUUAAAUUGUGUCCUUAUCUAUCUAGAGCGCUGGUAGCCGAGAGUAAGAGAGUGCGACUUUCAAUCCCAAGGUUGCGGGUUCAAAUCCCGGCUCGUACCGAUGACUUUUUGGACACUGAUUUUAACUUUCACGAUUUUUACACAUGACUAAUUAUAAAACGGGACUUAAUCGCUUUUUGCUUGACUUAGACUUGUAUAAAGGGCCCACAGAUUACGCCGAAUGAUGUCUGUCAGUUAACCCUUUGAACGCUUUAUGUCAUAAACACAAAGAUCACUCAAAUGCCAAGCUCCCGUACGCAAGCGAGCUAAUGUAAGCCUUACUUGAAAGUGUGAAGGUUACUUUGGCAGCGUCCGCCAACCACAAUAACUUUGAUAUCCUUGGCGCUGUGGACACGACUAGUAACGACGACUUUAGGUGUUCUUGG